UUGUGUCAUAGUGAACGCCUCAGACUGCGGCUCUGCGGAGAGACCCGGCACCGCUCAGACCGACUUCAGGCCCGCUCUCCUCCCGGCUCUCUGCUCCCUGUUAGCGGCUCUCUCUGACUCUUCAGCCCGACCAUGGCUCACUCCUCCCGGGGCUCCGUGUUCCCUCUCCUCCCGCUGCUCCUGCCGCUGCUGCUGGGCCUGCUGCUGCCGCUGCUCGUGGUCUCUCAGGAUAUGGGUCUGGACCUGGCUGAUGCUCUCCCUGAUGCUGAUGACAUUAAACCAGCGACUCCAUCACCAAAGCCUGCAGCUCCAGCUGCUCCUGGGAAUCCAGGAAAAGGAUUCGAUCUAGCGGAUUAUUUUGACGACACUGCCACGACCAAAGCCCCGCCUAAAGACGUCCCUAAAGUCCCUGCAGUUACCAAAGCCCCCGCCAAGCCCAAACCUAAGCCAGCUGCUGAUGACUUUGACCUGGCUGAUGCUUUGGACCCCAGCAAUGACAUGAAGGAUAAGAACAAGGGGCAGGGAGGAAGAGGAUUCGAUGACAGCGACCUGUCUGACGUUGGGGAUGACAACACCUACAAACCAGACAAAGGAAGAGGAGGACGUCCAGGUGGAGACAGAGAUCAGAUUGAUCAGUACGAUGAUAACAAUGAGACCACUGCAGAGGUGGGGACCAUUGCUGGGAUUGCCAGUGCUGUUGCUAUGGCGCUGGUUGGAGCAGUGAGCAGCUACAUCUCUUACCAAAAGAAGAAAUUCUGCUUCAGCAUUCAACAGUCUCUGAACACUGACAUGGUGAAGGCUGAGAACCCUGAGGCGGUGGUCGCCACCGAACCACAAGUCCAGCAGACCCUCCUGGAGCCAGCCAAUGCUGAACCCCCGACUGAGGAGAACCCCGUCUAAUACAAACCACAACAACAACAACACACCUACACCCCCCCCCCCCCCACCACCACCACCUCCACCCCCCACCACCACACAGACAUGCUGCAGUACCAGCAUCCUCCUGUAUCACCUCUGUGUUGAUCCUGCAGCCCCGUGCUGCAGAGGAUGAUGGGAUUUGUAGUCCUUUAAGCCGAAUGUGAACUGAUUGCUCUCCUCAGCUGUAAACAUGACCGACCGUGUGUGAAACUUUGCCAAACAUUUGUGUAAAUAGUCAUUUAUUGUUUCCUGUUUGAACGCCACUGAUAGAGCCGGUUAAUGCGUCGUCGUCGUUAGCCGGAGCGUUGAUGUAGCAUUUAGCUCGCCACAAACACGCUGGCGUUUGGAAAAGAGAUGAGUGUUUGUGUCUGAGAGAUAGAGCGUCUGUCAGUGGUCUGGAUUAGCUCAGUGAUUGGUUGAUUGGAUUUUAGAGAUUAGCAGCAGAGCAGAGCGUGAUAAGUGAAGGAGUAUUUAAGGAUUGGUUUAAAGAGCUGAACUCUACUGUGACUCGCCCUGGCUUCUCUACACUCUCACUUCAAGGAGUUUUUUUGUUUUGUUUUGUUUAUUUUGUUUUUUUUUUUUUUUAUGUGCACAUUUUUGAAUCCAAAAUGUCUGAAUUCCUGGAUGGAUUGGAUCUUACUGGUGAAUUUUAAUGUGUGAAUUAAUGCAGAAACGAUCAUGUUAGAGUAAAUUAAAGCUCCUGUUUGCUCUCUGUGUCCCAACAGCAUCAGACAUCACUGGACGCCGCCGUCUCUUACAUUUGGAAUCCGCUGCUGGUAAAUUUCAGUUUUUCCUUGAAGCAGAGGUUUUUUCACCAGUCCCACACCGGCCCCUGUCGCCGUCUCACUAUGGCGUCUCCUGUUGUUGGCACACGGCUGUAAACUCAUAUGAAGUUAUUGAGAAUUCCUUAAACCUGUAAAAUGUGACAUUUUGAUUCCGUUUUUAGAUUCUGUUUAUGAGGAGGCCAUGAUCAAUGAUGAUUCUGUUUAUUAAACUAUUACUGGAAGUUUAAUGGCGUUUUGCCCUUAUAUGGGCGUUGCCGUUAGCCUUUAGGGAUGAUAAAUAGCUGAGAUAGAAUAGGGGUUGUCCCACCUGAUGGCUGAUUACGUCUGUUGCGUAAUUUGUUGCUGCCCCCAUCGUCCUCGUACCUUCAUGUACAAAGUUGCCUUAUUCACCUUUGAUCUUUUUGCAGUGAACUAAGGCAUCUGAACAUUUCUGUCUACUUAACCUGUGACUUUUUAUAGUGUAAAUAUCUCAACAUUAAAAAUAGACUAGGUUGUUUUUUCAA